GACCUUUUUGGCGGGAGUGCGAAGAGUGAAUUUGUUUGAAUUUUUUAUGUUUUUCAUUUAGUGUUUCUUUAAGUUUCACUGUGUAAUAACGGUGGCUUAUUAACUAUUGAGUAUCUUUGAAAGUCCACAAAUGUGGUAAAAUAACAAAGCUACUGAACGUACAUAGCUAAUCGGUUUUUUUCAAAAAAUUCACUGAAAAACUCUUAAAAAGUAUUAACCUUUUUACUGAGACUUUAUGUUUAAUUUCAUUCCAAUUGAUAAAGUCUCAAAAUAAUCAACUGCAUCUCAGUUCGCUAUCAUAUCCAUAUAAUAACGGAAUAUAAAACUUGGCUUAAAGGUCUUGUUACAAGGCCAUAUAAUAUUAAAAAUAAAUAAAAAGAAAACAAAACUCAUUAAAAUCAGCUGGAUAAACCAAGUCGGCCAAUACAUUAAAUGUACAUACAUUAAAAUUAAUAGAUUUUUUUAUUUUACUCAUAAUUCAUAAUUUGGACCUGGUUAAUUAUUUUUUAAUCAAAAUCUUUCAUUCAUAACAUGGAGUACUCUAACAAGAAUUUUCCAGAAUUGAAAAAUGAUAGACUACUUCGAGCAGCUUUAGGAAAAAGUGUUGACAAAGUCCCUGUUUGGGUAAUGCGACAAGCUGGAAGAUAUUUACCAGAAUUUCAGGAAGUCCGAGUUAAACACGAUUUUUUCACGGUUUGUCGAACUCCAGAAUUAGCUUGUGAAGUAACACUGCAGCCGCUCAGAAGGUAUGAGCACUUGGAUGCAUCUAUAAUAUUCAGUGAUAUUCUUGUGAUACCACAAGCACUCGGCAUGACUGUUGAAAUGCACCCUGGAGUCGGUCCAGUAUUUCCUAAACCACUUCAAACCCCAUCAGAAAUAGAUGGUCUCCAACCAGAAGGUGCAGUUUCAAGGUUGGAUUAUGUUGGAAAGGCUAUCACACUGACAAGACAUAAAAUAGAUGGUAAAGUUCCCUUGAUUGGCUUUACUGGAGCUCCGUUUACACUAUUUGGAUACAUGCUAGAGGGUGGAGGAAGCAAAACAAUGUCUAAAACAAAAGAAUGGCUCGAGAAGUAUCCUAAAGAUGUCCAUAGACUCCUUUGUCUUCUUACUAAUGUUAUAAUUGACUAUGUGGUGAUGCAAGUGGAGAGUGGAGCGCAACUUCUGCAAGUAUUUGAAUCAAGUGCAGAUCACCUCUCAAGAGAACAAUUUACUGAGUUUUCUAUUCCAUAUUUGAAAGACAUUAGAAGUGGAGUUAGAGCUAAACUUACAGAAAAAUCUUUAGAACAGGUUCCUAUGACCAUAUUUGCAAAAGGAGCUGGACAUUCCUUAGAUAUUCAAGCUCAAUUAGGUUAUGAAACCAUUGGACUAGAUUGGACAGUGGAUCCUACUGAAGCCAGGAAAAUUGUAGGUGAAAACAUUACUUUGCAAGGAAAUCUUGAUCCUCAGGAUUUAUACAAAACUCCUGAAGAAAUAAAAACACUUACAACUGAAAUGGUGAAAAAGUUUGGAAAACAUAGAUACAUAGCUAAUUUGGGUCAUGGGAUUACACCACAAACCCCACUUGAGAGUAUGACUGUUUUUACUGAAACAGUACAUGAAGCUAUAUAAGAAGAAUAUUUUUAUGCAUGUUAUAUGGUUGGGAAUUAAAGAAUUUGCUUGUUAAUACAGAAAA